CAGUUUGCCAGUUUACAACGAGCAACGAACAGUGCGAGUGUGCGUCGUUAGGGCCAGGCAGGAGUGUGCUGUAGGAAAUUAUGCAUUACUCUCUCUUGAUCAUUAUUCCUUAUUCUGACGGCUCGAGAACUUUGUACGACCCUUCUGGUUUAGAUGGCGAUUCAAUCUGCUUAGGCACUUCGUAAUAACAAAUAUAGGAGUAGUUAGGAACUUACAACCUCAAUCGCAUUGCAGAUAGUCGCCUCAGAGCAUAGCUAGGUAUAUAUAUAGAUCUUAUUUUUUCAUCUUCGCGACGCCGCAUAUCAUCUAAAGCCGUAUAAUACUGGUCACAGUGGUCAGUAGUCAGGACUACUAUUUGCAGGGUUCAAAAACUACAUUCUAACUGCAAAGCCAUUUUGAUAACGUAAGGCUACCUAGAGAUGUGGUUCAGUUUUUAUUAAAAAGACUGUUUCUAAUGAAGGCUUGGGUCGGCAAUUGUUGCGAAGUUAUCCAUCGAAUUGGGAUUGAUCAUUGACGUAGGAAAUACCAGUUAUUAAGAUUACUAAUAUUUUCAGUUCGAUUGGGCGACCAGAAAACCUGUAUUUUGUCUUUCCCCGUGCAUUCCAAAACUAUAUUCGAUCGAUUUUAAUAGUCCGGUGAUAACACUUUGGCUCUUAAAUCUAUAUGUCCUAUAUAGGUACCUAAUUAAAGGCAAAAUGGUGUCAAAUUAACUUUCUACAUCAUUUCAAUUAUUUCAAUAAAGUUUCCUGAAACGUAAUCAUCAGCAAUGGCAUCGUACAGUUCUUCACAUGGAUACAGUCGGUCUGCGCAACUCUCUCCUACAAUAAUCGGGCACUUCUCCUUGGAUUGCAAUCGCCAGUUUCAUGAUGACGGGAGAAACCUCGCACGAAUCGCCAUUGAUUGGGACGAGGCGUGCGAAAAAGCGGUAUAUCUUGAUCUUAACCUGGCUAUGGAGGAUGUGCGGCGCAUGAAUAUGGAGGAUUUCUUCAAUGAAAAUGGAAAACUGACGCAUGUGCAGCAGUGGAUCAUGCGGCACCCGCAGAGCAUGUGUCCGAAGCCUGACUUUGUGACCAGCCGCUACGUGGCGCGACACCUUCUCACCUCCAUUUACUCGUCAGAAACCCUUAAAUUGCGUGCCACGAGGGUUGGCGAGACCAUUUUUAUGUGUCAAGUGAUCUCCGAUGACCAGUUGAGACAACUGAACGCGAGUGAAGAUCAAUUGAGGAUGGCUUCCCGGGGUUUAAAGUUUGAGCAAUUCAUGACGGACGGAUCGGAUCCGUCCACUGGGAACGAUGAGAAUGAAUCGUACUGUGUCAUCGUCCGAACCCAACUAUCAGAGCACUCUCUUCUGUACGGGGCUGAGGUUGACGGGAUGGACAAGAAGUUGUACUCCAGCAAUCGGCUUCCUCGGCCUACUGACUUGAUCGAGCUCAAAACGCACAGGCUGUCACGCGCCAGGACACAAUCGCUGCCGAAGUAUAAAAUGCGCGAAACGUGGGUGCAGUGCGCUCUGGUGGGCAUCCCGCGUGUAGUGUGUGGCUUCCGUGAUGACCGCGGCGUUGUGAGGCGCCUUCGGUCCUUCCGUGUGGCGAAUUUACCCUCAGAUUCGCAGGGCUUCUUUUCACCGGAUGCGAUGGUAACAGCUCUGAACGAAUUACUGCAAUGGGCCAAAACCGAAGUCGAAGAUGACGAUCCGCAGGCGGUCUAUGAGCUCUCCGUGACGGGCCGCGUCUUCCACAGUCGCCGCUUGUCGCCUGCAGAGGCCGACACCGCUCGGUUCCUCUCGCCUGAUUUCGUGAAAGCGAUGCUGAGCAACUGACGAGACUAAUGUAUAUAAAAUUCGAAAGGAACUCUAGUUUUUAUCAAAAAUUAAAGCUUGAAGCAUUUAUUUUAGCAUGAAUCGUUCUUCUCUAUAAAAUAUGUUAUGUUUUUAAGAAAAUCUGCUAACAAAAUUUUAUUUUAGUAAGCGUACUACCUGGAGUUUCAUAGUCUGUAUUUUUUAAGCGUUCGGUAAUUGGAAGAGUGAUCUAAGCAGAAUCAGCUUACAAAAUUGUAUUAAUACCUGUUUCUGCACAUCAAUUUUUUACGGUUUUUGAACUAUCGUUAAUUGGACGAGUCAUCUAUAAUUUUAUCUUAAGUUAACGAUCGUUAAAUUGCUUUUAGUUUCAAUUGUUUAAACUAAUUUUAUUUAAUCAUUUUAGUGUCCAAACUACAAAGUUUGAUGCGCAAUUAUCUAUCAGAACAAUUUUUACUGAUUUUUAAAGCCCAAGAUCUCUACUUAUUUCAGACAAUUUGGUCAAAUUUAAGCAUCAUUUUUCACCCGCGUUAGUUUCAUUGCAGGAAUUAGGAAAUGCAUACGAACGUGAAUUGGUGAAUAUUGAUUUUAGUAUUCUUCAGUGAUAUAUAGCCGUAGUGCAUUUGUCUUGGUUCAGUACACCACUCACGUAUGAAAUAAACUGGUAAAAAACUCA